UUCGUCAGUCUCAGUUGCCAUAUGCGAAGUACGAUCUAACAUCUCCUGGGGCCGAAAGAAAGAUUGAAACUUGAAGAAGAUGGACGUCGAUGAAACUUCUAAACCCAAAGAGGAAAAGCUCUUAUUGGUCAUGUUAGUGGGGGCACCAGGGAGCGGCAAGUCCACUUUCUGCGAAGAAGUUAUGCGUUCUUCUACUCGUCCUUGGGUUCGCGUCUGCCAGGAUAUCAUUGGAAAUGGAAAAGCAGGAAACAAAGCUCAGUGUCUAAGCAGUGCAGCUGGAGCAUUGAAGGAUGGAAAGAAUGUAUUUAUUGACAGAUGCAACCUUGAUAGAGAACAGCGUUCAGGAUUCGCAGAGCUUUGUGGACCCCAAAUAGAUGCUCAUGCCAUUGUGCUUGAUCUUCCAGCAAAGCUUUGUAUUUCCCGAUGUGUCAAACGAACUGGGCAUGAAGGCAAUUUGCAGGGUGGAAAAGCUGCUGCAGUAGUGAAUAGGAUGCUUCAAAAGAAAGAGCUGCCUACGUUAAGUGAAGGGUUUAACCGGAUAAUUUUUCAGACUGAUGAGAUUGAUGUCAAAGCAGCUAUCAACACGUAUAGUGCACUUGGGCCACUGGAUAACCUUCCACAUGGAUGUUUUGGCCAGAAAAGUAAAGAUGCCAAAGUUCAAGUGGAUAUAAUGAAGUUUUUCAAAAAGGCGGAGGUCCCAGUUGUUGCUGAGUCUAGAGAGAAUUGUGGUGGAAAUUUUACUUCUAAAAGUAAUGGGAUGAUAGAUCCCUACCAUAAAGAUGUGGAAAAUUUCCCAUCAAAUUCAGAUAAAGCCAACUUAGGGUCAAUGAAUGUAGAAAAUAUCUCAGUUGGUUCCAUUGUUUCUCAAGUUGAUCCUACUUUCAUGGGUGACGCUCCCACUUUGGCAUUUCCAUCUAUUUCAACAUCUGAUUUCCAAUUUGACCAUGAAAAGGCAGCUGAUAUUAUUGUGGAGAAAGUUUUGGAGUUCUCAAAUAAGCUUGUGAAUGCUAGAUUUGCUCUAGUUGACUUAACUCAUGGUUCAAAGAUUCUGUCUUUAGUUAAAGCUAAAGCUUCUAAAAAGAACUUAGAUCCCAGAAAGUUUUUUACACAUGUUGGGGACAUUACUUGCCUUAAGUCCGCAGGGGGCUUGCACUGUGCUGUGAUAGCUAAUGCUGCCAACUGGCGAUUGAAACCUGGAGGUGGAGGAGUUAAUGCUGCAGUUUUCAAGGCUGCAGGUCCUGUCUUGGAGACUGCAACCAAAGAACGAGCACAAUUGCUUUUGCCCGGGAAUGCUGUUGCUGUCCCUCUACCUUCAUCUUCUCCUCUGUUUGCUAGAGAGGGAGUAACCCAUGUAAUACAUGUUCUUGGACCGAAUAUGAAUUCACAAAGGCCAGAUUGUCUCAACAAUGAUUACAAUAAAGGCUGCAAGAUUCUCAGAGAGGCUUACACUUCACUAUUUGAAGCUUUUGCAUCAAUUGUGAAGGCUGGCACAGAGCAAAAGAGCAAGAGAGAUGCUGAUCAUGGAUCUGAAAAAAGCAAGAAAUACAAGGGAAGUCAGGAUGACGUUGAAGUGAACUUUACUGGUAACAAGGUCGUAAAUAUAGAUUCAAGUAAUAAAAAAUUGAUGCCACUGAAUAAGACAUGGGGAUCAUGGGCUCAAGCUCUUCAUCUAAUAGCUAUGAAUCCUGAAAAGCAUAAGAACGAAUUGCUUGAAAUAUCUGAAGAUGUAGUUGUGCUUAAUGAUCUGUAUCCUAAGGCACAGAAGCAUGUUCUGGUGUUGGCACGAACUAGAGGCCUCGAUUGCCUGGCUGAUGUUCAAAAUGAUCACCUUCACUUACUAAAGAAGAUGCAUGCUGUGGGUUUAAAGUGGGCCGAGAAGUUCUUACAAGAGAAUGCUUCAUUGGUUUUUCGUCUUGGAUAUCACUCGGCUCCGUCAAUGCGACAACUACAUUUACAUGUUAUAAGUCAGGACUUUGACUCAAAACAUUUGAAGAACAAGAAGCACUGGAACUCGUUCAACACCGAUUUCUUUCGUGACUCGGUAGAUGUAGUUGAUGAGAUCUCUAAUAACGGGAAAGCAACCUUGAAAGAUGAUGACAAGUUGCUGUCCAUGGAGUUGAGGUGCCAUAGAUGUAGAAGUGCACACCCUAACAUUCCCAGGUUAAAAUCCCAUAUUAGCAGUUGCCAAGCUUCCUUUCCUGCUUGCUUGCUUCAAAAUGGUCGUUUGGUUCGUGCGCGAGGUGAAGUUAACAUCAGUUCAUAAUAUUUUCCUGUUUUUGUACAUACAUGCUGACAAGAUACUGGUUCCUUUUUUUUUUUUGGGCCUUUUUUGUCUUGGGUUAUGACUCAGAAGAGAAGGAAGAUUGACUAUAUGAAUCUCUGCAAAUUUCUGUCAUCCCAAAAGUUAACAUCAAUCCUUUAUACUUACGUGUACAUACAUA